CUUGUUUUGUUGUCAACCAACCAGUGUUGGCACACAGCCGAGUGAGAAAAAUGAGUAGAAAACAAUAUUAGUUGAAUAAUAGCCACAAAUAAUGCCAGAAAAUGCAUCCAGCUCGAUGCCCACAGAGGCGGGCUUCCGGAGCAUGCGCAGCCAACUGGCGGGCAGCACCUUUGGCCAACGGCGCGAGGACAUCUUUCGUCGUCUCCAGGAAAGUGCGCAUCAGAUCACACAGAAGUUCAGUGGCAAAGAACUUGCCACUGAGCGGGAUGAAUCUGUUCAGGAACUGUGCGAAUCCCUCGAGGAUCUAAUGUCGUACGGACUUAGACAAUCGGCCAGCACUUCCUCUUUCAGUGCCGCCAGCUUCAUCCAGAACAUGCAGGAGAUGGUGUCCGGAAAUGCGGGCGGAGGCAGCAACAACAAUGACGCCACUUUCUGGGAGUUCUGCCAGACGCAUUUGACGCCCCACGAACGUCAGAGGUAUAUGGAUCUCAAGCAGAUCUGGACGAAUGUGGGCAGAGGACGUGCCUUCAUACGCGCCACACUGAACGAGAAGCGAUUGCAUAGCCAUGUCCUCACCUGGCUGAGCGACGAGAAGCAACUGCAUCGAUAUUACACACCUUGGUCCCUGCUACUCAACGAUGAGGCGGCCAAGAAGCUGCCAGAGAUCAUAGACUCCCUCAGUGAUGUACUGUUCGCCCUCAAUGUGGACACCACAGAGCUUAAUGCACCCAGGAGAUCGACGCCAAGUGUUCAAGCCGUCAAAGAGGAACCAAUUAUAUUCACAACCAGUCCAGUGCCGGUGGUGGGACGCCAAAAAAGACCUGGUAUUGCCGUGGAACGUCCCAUUGAGUGCGUCAGCUCCACAGAGGAUUUACUGGGUGCCUUAAAGCCCAUCGAGUCGGUUGAGGUCCAGCAAAUUCUCUCCAAGGAAUUCAUCGAACAGGAAUUAGCCCAGCCACAGGAAGAAGUCAACUUGGGUCCCUUUGACCCCAUUGAACCCGAGCUGGAGUUUCUCAAGACGCCCUUGCCAGACAUUGGCGCGCAUGUUGGAGAGUCAGAGCUCUACGAAGACCGGAGCGACACCUCCUCGCAGUGGAGCAAGUCCUCCUCCUCUGCCAACUGCUUGGCUAACAGCCAACAGCAAACGGCGCUGGAGGAGCAUGUGAACCAGCUAAACGAAAGAUGCGCUCUACUGGAAACCCGUGUGGCGGAGCUUAGUCUACAAAAUCGCCUGCUUAUCCAAAGGCUGACCAAACAUUUUGAGGAGACCGGCAUCGACCCCAGCUCAUCGCUGUGCUCCAAUUUCCUGAUAACCAUUCCAUACGUAAAGCUGGCAAAGACUCAACGAUCUGGUUCCCACUACACUUACGAGGUUCACAUAACGAUGAGGCAGCGUUUGGAGCACUGGACGUUUUUCAGACGCUACAGCGAGUUCAACAAGCUGCACAAGUCACUGCUUAAGACCCAUCCGGUGGUCAGUGCCGUGGAGUUUCCACCAAAGAAGCAUUUCGGCAACAUGAACCUGGUCUUCGUGGAGGAACGCCGCCAGCAGCUGCAGAUCUAUCUGCUCAAUCUGGUGGAGACCCUGCCGCAGGUGGAGGCCUGCAAGUCGAAGGCGGAGCUGCAGAAGGUCUUCCCCUUCUUCAGGGAUAGGUAGCAAUCUUUACUGAAUCUACGUUAAACAAGGAAGCUCGAAAAGAACAAGUAUUCGCAACAUAUUUUAUCUAUUUUGUUGUAGAUAUCUUUAUCUAUAUGUGUAAUAACGGAGUUGGUCCAAGUGCUGUAAUCAUUGAUAUUAAAUAAAGUUAAGCCUUUUUCAUCUAG